CACUUUUUCACAAACCAGUAAACAACAUUUUUCAUUAAAUGUGCCUGUUAGAUGUGUUCAGUAAAAAGUAAACUAGAAUAUCUAGCACGUGUCAGAGUACAGAUAAAAUCGAAGUAGUAUUUUUAGCAGGCUUAAAAUUGCUUCCCAGAUUUCCAAAAAUUAAAAAUAUGUAGAAAUGUUUGGGAGUUUAUUCGAAAAAUAAUUUAUUAGAACCAACAUUUUCUUAUCACGCAGUUAGCUGUCAACUGAAAUUGUACACGCACUGAUAGCAAUAACAGCCUUUUUUGCUCGCAAAAAGCAGCAGGCAUCGGAGACUAAACAUUAUUAGUAAAAGUUUUUCAGUUCAUUAGUUAGUUUUCAAAACUUCAUGCAUGACAAUAUCCCUAUACAUUUGACAAGUUGCUAUUUUGGUUGCAUUAUUGUUAUAAUAACAACGCAAUAAAAAGUUUUGUUUGUUUUUAGCUAUUGAAUUAGUUUUAUAAAAAGCUUGUCUGUAUGUAUAUGUUGUUUUGACUCCGGUGGUAUAAGCAAGAUGGCAAAGUGGAAUAGUUUAUAAAAACAUACACACAGUGCUUAAACUGAUUCACAAUUUUUAUAAAAAGAUACUGAUUUACAAUAUAUACGGUAUGUGAAUAAGAAAUACUAUAUAUAUACAUUGUUUUGGUGUAAUACAACACUACAGCUUGGAAGACUACAAGAUGCAUUAAUAAAAAAGCAUGAAGCAACACUUACUUAUUUUGAUACGUUCAAACUGUUGUUGUAAAAUCUAACUCUUCAUGGGAUGCUCAAAUUACAUAACUGCAAGCUGCACUUUUGGUUGCCUAGCAGUUUGAGCAAGGCCAUUUUUGUAUAAAGAACUAUAUUACAAUAUGACGAUAACGAGGUUAAUUAAAAAGGGAAAUUGAUUUGAAAAAUCUCUUUCACCUCAUCAUCAAUAACCUGUUGCUUGGAGAAAACGCGUAUGUAUUUAAAAGAUGCAGAUCAGGCCCCAUUGAAACACGUGUCUAUUAAUUAUAUUGAAAUGUCGUUUGUGGUCUUUGUACAGUUAGUUUCUGGUAGCAUGGAUUGUGCUGUGUCCAACAUUCUUGAGAUCUUCACAGUUUUGAAGAAUGGAAUUGCGCCAACGGAUGCCUUUGUUAGUGCCGGUUUUCUUGUCUCAGCUGAUUUAUUUUAGAGUUCAUGAUAAAUAAUUAUGGCUGUUUCGCUGUUAUAAAUGAAUAUUCUUAGCAUAAAGUUAGCAGCUGAUUAUAAUGCGAGCGCCGAUGACGGGAUUCUUCAAAAAGAACAUUCAUUCUUUCUAAUAACCUUCAUCAUCUACGUUUGAAGCAAGCAAAGCAAAGAUGCGUAAUGCUAGAGACGGCGUACAGAGGUUUUACAUUCCUUCCCCCCCCCCCCAAUAUUUUGUUUCGUUCGGUUUGUUAUGUUUUAGUUAGUAAAAUAUUUUUGUAGUUAAUACUAGGUUAAUGACGCAAGCAAUUUACUUUAUUUACUUUUUGCCUUCUUUAUCUUGUAGUUGACAAUUGAAUAUUUAGAAUUGGCGUCUCCAUAGUUUUCUAAAGCACCAAAGGGGUGUGGUACCGUAAUCCGACAUCUAACAUCCCUUUCCUAAUCCUUGUCUUCAGAAUACGUCCCUCUAAAAAACAUUUUAAAACCGCGUGCGUGGGAGAGGGCAAAUUUAGGCAAAAAGGGUAUCCCCGUUAGCAGCAAUUGGGCACCGUAAAUCUGUUUUAUAACAGUUGGGGAACGUGGCUCUGUGCCCAUCGGUACAUCUAUUGGCUAAAAAUAACCACCUGUUUAUUCCAAUUAUCUUUCCUUGUAUAUGGAUUUAUGUAUAUUACAUAAUCUUAGCUGUUAUUACCUUUAAUUUUAAAAUCCAAUUAAGCUAACAACUUCUGGCCUUUCGGCUGGAAAAAUAUUUUAAACUAGAAUCUAAUCCCAGCAUUAUUUACAUGGUUCAUGGUUCGUUGUGUGAGCCAUAGGAAAAGAAUGGUUGAACGGUAUUUUGACAAUUCUAGUGUAGCUUCGUAUUCGUUGUUUUACUAGAGUUAAAUAUUGAGGUAAUUGCUUUGCAAAUAUAGUGAGUUGGGACAUACUUCACAAGUAUACAGUUCAAAUAUAUCAUUCUUAAAGUAUCAAAUAGCAAUCUAUAUUUUUCCUUUCCAAGCUUUACUCCGGCAGUCACUUUUUACGCGAUUACGUUUAUUUAAAAAGCUAAUUAUUUCCAGCCACAAACUCAUUAUAAUCUCUAACCCUAAAGGCCUUGAACAACUUUUUUGAACAAUUUCCAAACCAAUGUUUCUUUCACAUCUCGCGCAUAAUGAUAAAUGACUUUUUUGUAAGUCGCUACACGUCAUGCUAGCAAUGUUGUCUGUGUUUGAAUGCUGGAAAUGGUUGGAUUCAAUGCAAUCAAAUUUAUCAGUUAUAUUGUAUCUAUUUCAGGGGUUCCAUAAUCUCGCUUUUUCACAAGCUUUCUCGCAUUGUCAGAUAGGUGUGUCAACCAGUAGUGCCCGGUCCCGAGUAAAAGAUACUUUGCGGUAAAGAGAUUAAGAAGUUAUUAUUUCGUUUGAAUCGUAUUUGUGGUUGUUUUGCUCGCUAUAUUCAGCCCUGCAGUCUUAAUAAUACUGCAGUACAAAAUAGUGCAAAAAUUGAGUCCUGAAGGACAUUAGGCUCUCUACAUGACCAUGUUUCUUUUAGAAAGUCUACUCCUUUUUCGGUCUUAGAGUUUAGGACACUGACCCUAUGUAAACUCGGUCAUUCGAUUUAAAGCAUUAAGCCAUGAGCUGUACAUUUGAGCCUGGCUUUGAUUGAUUUUCAUCUAUAUUGACCUCGAGGCUUUGGAAUUUCCAGUAAGAUAGCAGGGAGACAUCCAGCCUCGUUCAUAUGAAGUGCUACUGUUGCUCCCUGUGACCCAAAUCAAGACGACAAUGGGCUGCAUGAGAGCUUCUAUGUUUAACCUUUUUUUUGUAAGAAUUACCGUACAUGACAAAGUAAUGCAUUUGUUCCCGCUUUGAUUAGUGUCCUCUGAUUGCGACUUCGCAGCCAAUGUUGUAGCUUAGCGCGAUUCUUUGCUUCGUUUGCUUUGUGGCUUGGACAAGGUCAUCUUUCAUACAAAAGGCAAGGCCAAGUGGAUUGACCCUUGUAAUUAUAAUAUUUAAGCCGCAUUGUUACAUACUUCACUGGUCUUUUAUAUCACGGAUAAUGCUCUUUAAAGCUCUCAGACAGAAAUAGAUAAUGACAGACCACAGAGAGAUGGUCCUCAGCUUUUCAAGAAUUCUAAUCUCACUUCAUCAUAACAGAUCGCAACACUCCCUGGAACAACCCUCGUUACUUCUCGAGAGUACUAUCCGCAAAACUUGGAGAACCGAAAGGGAGCUCAAGCAAGCCUUCUUCUUCGAAUGACAGGUGAUUCAACUGUUUUGACUAAUAACGAAACACUGGAGGAAGACUUGGUUGAGGCGACUGUCAGACAUCGGAGAUCUUCACCGAAGCCCAAAGAUAGCAAAGAGCUUAUUGGAAUGAAGGUAACAGCCACAGUGCCCCCGCUUCCAAGCUUAGUGCAGAGAAACCAAGAUACAGCUAACAUGCAAAACCAAUCUUCGGGGUCUCGCAAUGAUGACGAGGGCAGUUUUGCUGCAGCAUUGCGGAAAUUAGCGCAGCAAGCGAUUGUUCCAGCCGCACGAAGGCCAGUAAACAGGGAACGUCAAACGAGCCCAUCAAGCGCAUACAAAUCAGGACCGUCUUCCCGAGAGGCCGUAAAGUCACCCCCCAGAGCAAAAAGCAGUGGGCAUCAGGCACGCAGUCCAUUUUACCCAAGGGGCAGUAUUCAUCCCAGUGGGAUCAGUGUUUCAUCUGUUGCAUCAAUCGCACCUCCUUCUUCUGCGUUCGAUAAAGAGAAGGCAGACCUUCACGUCACUUCAGCUUUCGGAACUGCCUCCGGAUUACCAAAUGAACUCUCUUCAAGACGUUUGCCUCGCCCUGUUGUUCCAGGGAUUUUCGGAAGACACGAAGCAGCUGAUAGCUCGUACAGACAAAGUAGAGAUGAGGGAAUGCUCCACGGAGAAAAAGGCUCAGUUAGAGAUCCCGGAGAUGCGGUGACCAUGGGUCAUUCAGGAAGUGGCAUUGUGAAUGGGCCUAGCAGUGGACCAUUGAACAUUCUUGGUGUUAAAGAUCGUGGGAGCAACAUUGGCUUAGUGCAUCCCCAACCAGUCAGAAAGCUUCCGGACGAGGACGCUGUCAAGUCCGGACUUAUCAAUGGUGUUCGUUGUAAUCCGAUUGAAUCUCCGGCCAGUCUUUUUCGCCCGCCAUCACCAUCGGACAACUUUUCUCGUUAUCAACUUGCUCAUGGUAUGCAUCAGCAUAGUGGACAAGGUCCCUGUCCGGUGCAUGGCCACGAGUCUGGACAUCAUCAUGGAAGCCCUAGAGACCAUGGCUCAAGGCCAGGUCGUCUUCCUUUUGAAGGAAUUACUCCAAGGAGUGGUCCGCUCCCUGAUUUCAGAGGGAUACAUUCUCAUCAUCAAAGAAUCAGGGAUGAAAUCUAUGGCAUGAACCGAAUUCCUGUCGAGCGACGCGAAGGUCUGCAAAGUCAUGUUUUGGAGGAGGAUAUGCGAAGACGAGGCUACGACUGGCCAUGGCACAUGCAACACCCAUUCUAUGAAGGCGAACAGCACAGGAGACAUUUUGUUAAUGGCUACAGGGGCAGUGAGCAUGCGUACAAGGACAUGGUGCACGGGCCCCAAUACUUUUCACCGCAUCUCUACUACCCACCAGAAUACCCUUAUGUUGACGGGUAUCCACAUUCGUCUCUCGCCCACUCGGAUAUGUAUACAAACAGAUAUGGAUCGAAUCAACUCAGUCCUAGACUAGCUGAUUAUUAUCGACGAGAGAGAUCGUUUUCCGAUCGUGCUUCCGAGAGGGAAAGAGGCGAUUCACGACGACAAGGCUCGGCCAGCCUAAAACUGGACCCGUCUGAAGGCGAAAGGAGAACUGCCGACAGUAUGAUAAAUGAAAGUCGUGGAUUGGAUGAGCGCACUGCUAGGAGACAUGAAAUGUCCGACUAUUUUGCGAGCUUAUCACGUGAUCGUCUUAACUGUAAAGACGAUAUAAAAGAUAAAAUGACAGUUGAAAGCAUAACCGGAAAUAUUUCAUCUAAAAGAACAGGCAUAGAAAACGAUGAGCCUAAAAGGAAACUUCGCAUAAUGGAGAAACUGGAUCUUAUUGCAAAGGCGAAUGAUGAACGAGGACCACAAAUGAAUACAAUUGUAGUCAAGGAGGAGCCUGUGACAGAACUUGCUGAAGACUUUGUCGUCGAAGCGUUGCCCCAAGACAAGAUGGAGCACGACGAGGAUCACAUGUUUGCAGAAGAUUCGAGCGAUGUUAUGGAUGUAGCAACGGAAGACAUGGAAAAGAAAGCUGAUUUCAUGUCAUGCAUUGGUCUAAUUUCUCAUGGGAAAAAGAGAGUCCUGGAAGAGGAUUUUGAGCGGAAACGUUGGGAAAGAAAGGUUGCAAAGAUGCGUGGAAGACCGAGAAAGAGAACCCGGCGAGAGCAGACUGAUGACAGUGAUGGUAGACCAUGCUCGGAGAUCGACUUCUACAACGGGCCAAUGACGAGGCACAAACAGCAGCUCCUUCAAGAACAAGAAAUGCUAUUAGAACAAGUCCAGAAAAACAAUAUGGAAAGAAAUGGCGUCAAGGAUGCAAAUGGCAGUUUAGAUAGUAAGAAUUUCUUGAGUUCCAACUCAUCAAGCCCAACAAACAGCUCUGUUACAAGUACAACGCCAAAUUCGAUUGGAGAACCGUCUUUUACUACAGUGCCACGCAGCAAGAGACAUGACGAGGAUAGAGCGAGCUUUGGCAAAUCUCAGAGCUUUAAACCGUAUAAAGACGGAGACAGCAGUAAGGAGUUGGUCAAUGGAACUAGAAAUUUCGGGAAAUUCGAUGAGCUUUCGUCAGUUAGGGAUUGCCAAGAACUCGAUAGCUUUGUAUUUGGUUUGCCUCAGCUGGAUGUUUCGGCCGUUAAACCACAGUGGUCAGGGAUUGACUGUGUUGCCAGAUCUUUCAUUAGAUACGAAAACGAACGAGAGGUGAAGGAAAAUUUGGUACGAAAUACAUGCGACAAAUUACAAUAUGAACGUGAAAAGUUGAACCAACAGAGACAGCAAUACCAAAAAGACAUUAUGAUGCUUCGUGAAAAAAGAGGCCAGAUGAAUGACAGUAUUCGAAGGCAGCAACAAAUGGCAAAGAAUCUUCGCCAUGCUCUCGUAAAGCUCUCGUCUGUUUGAAAGAUAACGGUACAAACAAAUAUCAGUUGUCUUAACAGAGAAAAGUAAAAGAAUUAUUGAGUUUUAUUAUCAUUAUUACUAUUAUUGUUAUUUUAUUAUUUUAUUAUUUUAUUGAGAGCAAAUAUAUUAAACAACGACAUUCCUUAGAACGGAUCUUAUACUUAAAAAAGUUGUUGAACAUAAUUAUGUAGUCGGAUUCCUCGAAACGGCAAAAAAAUUUUACUUGUUUUAUCUUUGAUAAAGUAAAACAUUAUUUAUUUCUACUGUUAUCAGUGGUAACCAGACAAAGCAAAAAAAGGUAUUAUUAUAGUAUUAUUUGAAAAUAUUAUAUUAUUAUAAACCUUUGAAAGCUUUUAAUCUGUUGCGUGAGCCCCCUUUACGCUGAUCACUUUAUAAACUCAGUUCCUUUCAGUGUAGCAAGUCAUCCUCAAAACUUUUUAUUGUAUCAUUCAAUUUUAUUUAUUCCAAUUUUCUUCCUGCAUGUUCAUUCGAGCAAGAUUUAAAAGGAACGAUCUGUUUAUAUAUUUUCAAGUGAAAACCAAACAUUUACAUUUGCAAGUUUGUUCACAUUUAUCCGCUGGUCAGAACAAGCCAACAAACACCAACCCUUUUCAGGUUGAGGUGUUUUACAGCAAAUUGCCAUUUUUGGUUUCUUCCGCUGACUUCACUUAGCUGUAACUCUGUCGAUAAAGCAAAAAUAGCCCUUCUCCUUAAACCGCAUCUCAAUCUGGGUUUUGUAAAUUCUUUUACCUUAUCAAUGUUCCUUUACAAGCACCGUCGUUUUUUUUUCAAGGAUCUCUAUGAACACGAUGGUCAUAUUUUUUCCUUUUUUAGAGCUUGAUUACCUUUAUCUUUAAUGAUAUAUUUAUGCUUUUUCUUCAUUAGCUAAGUAAACUAGCGAAAAAAUCUCAACCGCCCAUUUACAUGACUGCUAUAUCCUGGAACAACUGUUCAACCCGUUAGACCGGCCUGAACUCGCCCGAAGCGUGAUUAUCCGUGUAAAUGAGUAGACCUGAAACAAAGAUUUUAUAGCUGUCGGGCUGAAACUCAGCUCAAGCUCUCUUCUCUCUAGCAAAGGCGAAAAACUUGAAAAUGUUAUCUGUUUUAGUAAACAAAAGUUUGAAUUCUUAAAGUAAUUUAAAGCUGCUUUUAUUUUCGGUCUUCAAACCUGAUUGCAGCUUCAAACUUGAUGCCAAACCUGAUUGCAGCUUCAAACCCGAUGCCAAUCGAAAUUUCAAUUCGACACUGUUCUCGCUGUCUGCCAAGACUAUAUAUUAGGCUACAAUGCUCCCAAGAAAAUCUCUCCUACAUAAUUUAUUUUUUUGUUUGAUAUCAUCGUCAGACGUGAUAUCUGGUCCAUAAAAAUCCUCAUUAGGAUGUUUUAUUAGAUGUGUAUUUAUUUUGACAUUACGAAACGUGUAAUGGUAGUCGUUUAAUGUCUUGUAUUUAUUCCAAGUGUAGAUAUAAUGAAAUCUUAACUUAUGAGACUGAAAGUUUUAGCGAAA